GCAGCCGCGCCCUUGGCUGGGGUCACAUCCACCUUCCUGGGAAGGACACACUCUCCCCGUACCAGUGGUCACACCCUUUCCAGAAAUUCUUGGUUGGUAACCGCGAAGCUGGGAGAACUGGAGAAAACCGCUCUAAUCUGACUUGACUCUGGCUGGGUACGGAGGCUGCAUCAUCAAAACCAACAUUUGCAAAGCGUUCUCUGAGGCUCUGAGGUGACUCAUCUCAGAUUCCUCCAGAACUGAGCCUUUUGCUGGACCUAUGUUCCAACCUGUGCCUCCAUGACCAGGUGGCUAGCACUCCUCGUGCCUAUGACCCAGAACCCUGGCUGACCACACUGAGGCAGGAUGCUCCAACAGGUUAAUGGUCACAGUUCAGGCUCUGGUGCCCAAGGUGGGGAGUCUCUCAGAGAAGACCUGCAGGAGUUCCUGAGCGGGGAAGCCCCGCUGCACCAGCUAGAUGACCUCACCAAGGUGAAUCCUGUGACACUGGAGACAGUCUUGAGGUGUUUGCAGGCUCGGUACGCAGCAGACACGUUCUACACCAAUGCUGGCUGCACCCUGGUCGCUCUGAACCCCUUCAAGCCUGUCCCUCAGCUCUAUUCACCAGCACUGAUGAGAGAGUACCACGCUGCUCCUCAGCCCCAGAAACUGAAGCCCCACAUCUUCACUGUGGGUGAACAGACCUACAGGAAUGUCAAGAGCCUGAUUGAGCCAGUCAACCAAUCUAUCAUUGUCAGCGGAGAGAGUGGUGCUGGAAAGACAUGGACGUCCCGCUGCCUGAUGAAGUUCUACGCUGUGGUGGCUGCCUCACCCACAUCCCAGGAGAGCUAUAAGAUUGCAGAGCGGAUUGAACAGCGAAUCUUGAACUCCAACCCUGUCAUGGAAGCUUUUGGGAAUGCGUGCACCCUGAGGAAUAACAACAGCAGUCGCUUUGGGAAGUUCAUCCAGCUCCAGCUAAACAGGGCCCAGCAGAUGACCGGAGCUGCAGUCCAGACAUACCUCCUGGAGAAAACACGAGUGGCCUGUCAGGCGUCUAGUGAGAGGAACUUCCACAUCUUCUACCAGAUCUGUAAAGGAGCCAGCAUGGACGAGAGGCUCCAGUGGCACCUCCCCGAGGGAGCAGCCUUCUUUUGGCUGCCCAACCCAGAGAGGACCUUGGAAGAGGAUUGUUUCGAGGUGACCAGAGAGGCCAUGCUUCAUUUGGGCAUCGACACCCCUGCUCAGAACAACAUCUUUCAGGUCCUGGCCGGACUGCUGCACCUCGGCAACGUCCGCUUUGCCCACUCUGAGGACGAAGCCCAGCCCUGCCACCUGACGGGAGAUGCCCAGUGCUCUCUCAAGACAUCAGCCUUGCUGCUGCAGCUUCCAGAAGACCCGCUGCUGGAGACGCUGCGGAUCAGAACCAUCAGGGCAGGCAGGCAGCAGCAGGUGUUCCAGAAACCCUGCUCCCAAGCCGAAUGCGACACCCGCAGAGACUGUGUGGCCAAACUAGUCUAUGCACGGCUGUUUGACUGGCUGGUGUCCGUGAUCAAUAGCAGCAUCUGUGCAGACCCUGCCUCCUGGACCACUUUCAUAGGCCUGCUGGAUGUGUACGGGUUUGAGUCCUUUCCCAACAACAGCCUGGAACAGUUGUGCAUCAACUAUGCCAACGAGAAGCUGCAGCAGCACUUUGUGGCUCACUACCUGAGGGCCCAACAGGAGGAAUAUGCAGUCGAGGGCCUGGAGUGGUCAUUUGUCAACUACCAGGACAACCAGACCUGCUUGGAUCUCAUCGAGGGGAGUCCCAUCAGCAUCUGUUCCCUCAUAAACGAGGAAUGCCGCCUGAAUCGGCCAAGUAGUGCAGCCCAGCUCCAGACCCGCAUCGAGAGUGCACUGGCGGGCAGCCCCCGCCUGGGCCACAACAAGCUCAGCCGGGAGCCCAGCUUCGUCGUGCUGCAUUACGCGGGGCCCGUGCAGUACCACACUGCAGGCCUGGUGGAGAAGAACAAGGACCCUGUCCCCCCUGAACUGACCAGGCUCCUACAGCAAUCCCAGGACCCCCUACUCAAGGUGCUGUUUCCUGCUGACCCCGAAGAAAAGGCCCAGGAGGAGCCCUCUGGCCAGAGCAGAGCCCCUGUGUUGACUGUGGUGUCCAAGUUCAAGGCCUCCCUGGAACAGCUUCUGCAGGUUCUGCAUUGCACGACGCCCCACUACAUUCGCUGCAUCAAGCCCAACAGCCAGGGCCAGGCGCACAGCUUUCUCCAGGAGGAGCAGGGAGAUCUUCUUAAGGUCCCAAGGAGUAGACCCCCAGCAGCCACUCCUCUGGACAGCCUGCAGGUCCUGAGCCAGCUGGAGGCCUGUGGCCUCGUGGAGACCAUCCACAUCAGUGCUGCUGGCUUCCCGAUCCGGAUCCCUCACUGGAACUUCGUGGAACGAUAUGAAGUACUGAGAAGGAUCUGUGCUCGCACAUCCUCUGGCCCCCACAGCCCAUCUCCUGCUGAAGGGCACUCCGAAAGGUCUCCGUGCACCGAGGCAGCCACUCUGCAAGCUGUCCUCCAGGACAUCCUCCACACUCUUCCAGCUCUGACUCAGGCAGCAGCCACACUUGGUGACCCCGCUAAGGCCACACCAGCCCCAGUUCACUGUGGCAGGACCAAGGUGUUCAUGACGGACUCCAUGCUGGAGCUUCUGGAACACAGACGCGCCCAGGUGCUGGAGCAGUGUGCCCGCCGCAUCCAGGGCAGCUGGAGGCGACACUGGCAUCGCAAGCAGGAGAGGCAGAGGCGGGCGGCCGUGCUCAUCCAGGCAGCCAUCCGUUCCUGGUUAGCUCGGAAACACGUGCAGAGGCUACACACAGCCGCCACAGUCAUCAAGCGCGCGUGGCGGAAGUGGAGAAUUGGAAUGGCCUUCCUUGCUUCGAAAGAACUGGAUGGUGUGGAAGAAAAACACUUUUCUCAAGUUCCCCUUCCCACGGGCUCCUCCCUGCUGCCACAGACACAGACCAGCCUCCUGGCAGCAAUAAUCCGCCUCUGGCCCCUGGGACUGGUCCUGGCCAACGCAGCUGUGGGGGUCCGCGGCUUUCAGAGGAAGCUGGUGGUCUGGGCCUGCCUCCAGCUCCCUGCGGGGAACCCCAGUAGCUACCCCGUCCAGACAGCACAAGGACAAGCUGGUGUCACAUCCAUCCGAGCACUGCCUCAGGGCUCAAUCAAGUUCCACUGCAGGAAGUCUCCGCUGCCGUACGCUGACAUCUGCCCUGAACCCUCACCCUACAGUGUUAGUGGCUUUAAUCAGAUUCUGCUGGAAAGACACAGCCUGGGCCACGGGUGAGGUCUUCU